AUGUUCCUUAAUGCUGGGCAAACAGCGAAUCCAGGCAACACAGACAUUACUCAGGAACCUGCUACAACAGCAACAGCAGGUCCAGUUAUCACAGCCACUACUCAGAAACCUACUGCGACAACAACAGCAAGUCCAGAUAUCACAGCCACUACACAGAAACCUACUGCGAUAACAACAGCAAGUCCAGAUCUCACAGCCACUACACAGAAACCUACUGCGAUAACAACAGCAAGUCCAGAUAUCACAGCCACUACACAGAAACCUACUGCGAUAACAACAGCAAGUCCAGAUAUCACAGCCACUACACAGAAACCUACUGCGACAACAACAGCAAGUCCAGAUAUCACAGCCACUACACAGAAACCUGCUGCGACAACAACAGCAAGUCCAGAUAUCACAGCCACUACUCAGAAACCUACUGCGACAACAACAGCAAGUCCAGAUAUCACAGCCACUACACAGAAACCUACUGCGACAACAACAGCAAGUCCAGAUAUCACAGCCACUACUCAGAAACCUGCUACAAUAACAGGUUCAGGUGGUGUGUCCACAACAACAUCAGUUCCUGCUACAAAGCCUCUAGGUCCUUGUGAUUCAAACCCAUGUGGCAGUGGGAGCACCUGUGAGCCUCGUGGACCUCAGGACUUUGUAUGCUUGUGUUUGGCUGGUGAUUACUACAAUAACAAAAGCAAAAUUUGUGAGAGUGCCAAAGUAUUCCCUGGACAACUAACCCUGGACAUGACCUAUAAUGAAAACAUGGCUGAGAAAACAUCUACAGAAUUUAAAAAUGCCUCGAAAGAAAUCAUUGAUGCGCUGAAUGCUGCUUACAGUGGGUCUGAUGGUUACACUGAAUCUACAGUGCUGGAACUGCGACCCAGUAAAAACAGCAGGGUUUGGUCAAGAUCAGAGGAAAAGGUCAAUGCAUCUGUUGAGAUCAUCUUCCGAACAGAUUCUAAAAUCAAUUCAUCUGAAGUUACCAAGCAGAUAGAGACUGCCAGCAACUGUGACAAGUGUGUCCUGGGAAAUGCGAAUUUUAAAGAGAUACCUCUGUGUGAUAAGAAACCCUGUGAUGUGGAAACUACAGAAUGUUUAUCAGAAAAUGGACUUUAUAACUGUACCUGUAAUGAUAACUACAUUAAGACACCCUUCAGUGACAGAAUGUGCUUGGUAUGUCCCAGUGGUCAGAAAGCAAGUGGAUCCGAAUGUGUCCAUUGUCCAUUUGGUUAUUCGGGUUUGAACUGCAAUGAAUCAUGGCAGCUGGCGCUGGUAAUAGUCGGCUCCGUGCUUGGGGGACUGCUGCUCAUCACGCUCAUCCUUCUGCCUGUAGUGGCCUGCAAAUCCUCAAAGAAGAGCUCCGAGAAGAACAAAGUUGUAAACAUUGGGGAUCCCUAUGUCAGCCACUCUUCUGCCAAGGCACCCCUGGUUAACAGCAGCUUAGCCAUUAGCCGAGCACCCUCGGUUAAUAACGGCUCAGCCAAUGGCCUGGGAAGCUUUGCAAAUGCUGGGGCACCUAGGAUCCCACGGGCCACAACCACCAGCAGCUGGGACCGCAGGUCCGACCUGGAGAUGACUCCAAGCAACAGCCGGCAAAACCUGAUCUCUGCGGGGAGGAACAUGCAUGUCUACGAGGAUGCGGAUGACAUGAACAGCAACCCAUACGUUCAGGCUCGACCCUCGAGCAGUCUCUAUGUUCAGGCUCGACCCUCGAACAGUCUCUAUGCUCAGGAUCGACCCUCGAGCAAUCUCUAUGCUCAGGAUCGACCUCAGAGCAAUCCAUAUGCUCAGACCCGACCCCAGAACAACCCAUACGCUCAGAAUCGACCACAGACCAACCCGUAUGCUUCGAGCCAAGGCCAGACCAACCCUUACUACAUGCACGAUGAUGGAAGACGGUUCAAUUAAUGUGGAACCGCAAAGGUUUAUCCUACAGUGACAUUUACCCUGAUCAAAUAUUUCAUGAGGUGCACCACUGACUUGAAGUUUUGUCAGAAACACCUCAGAAUUCAGUUUUCUUACUUUCUUUUUUUUUCAAAAAACUACACAACAUUAAUGUCCCAUUAUGAUAAGAGAAGUAUAAACAGAAGCACUAUGGGAGCUCAGGUUUUGUGCAAUCGCCCAAGAAAUGUGCAGUAAUGAAUAUUACUGUACUGUAGGGCUGUUAGUCCUUUCAACCCAUUGAUCCAUAUAUUGUGAACUCCAUUCUGACCAAUUAUAAGCUUAAGCAUAAAUCAUUCCUGUCUUUCCUUGACUACUUUAUGUGAAAGUUUGGGAUAUGACAAACACUGUGGGUCCUUUCAAAGGUUUUGUCUCACCCCAUUUCAAUGUUUUCAUUGUCAGUCAGUUAAAAUAGUAUUUACUCAAGAAUGUCUGAUUGUUUAAUGGCACUGAGUCAGGUAUUGAUCCUCUACGAUCCGGCUAAAGGCCAGAAAUGAGGAGCUUGCCCGUCUAAUGUCUUGCUUGUCUAUGAAUUUGCAAAAUUUACAUUUUUUUAGGUUUAUGAUGAGUCACAAUUUUAUUCAGUUGUUUGUAAAUGAGACGAGUUUCUUUUGUUCUAAUAAAACUUAAUGGAUUAUUCCUCCAAAUCAGGGCAUGUUGAUUCCCUCUAUAUAUGUCAGUGUAAUUUGUGUUAAAUGUUUCUACAUUGAAAUGGUUUAAUGUUCUUUUUUGUAUAACUUAAGAGUAUAUUUUGUUUAUUUCUAACCACUUUUGUGACUGAUUGAUACCAAGCUGUGUUCUUCAUAAAUAAAAUAAAAUUACAUCUUUAACUAUU